CUUCUUCCCCAGACCACCCUGCUUCCAUCUUGUCGGUGCCAUCGAGCUCGCCUUUCGGAGUGUUUGAUCGUCAAGGAUCUAUCUCCGAGCUUUGUCCGCUGUUUAUUUGUUCCGCCACGUGGAACGGGAAAAAAAGGAGCCCAGGAAGGUUACCGGAGCUUUCAUAAUGAACGGCGAUACGUAUACGGCCAGAGACUCUGGUCGCCCUAGGGACUACUACCGCGAAGAGCGCCGCGAGCGCGGAGACAGAGGAGAAAGAGGAGAACGGCCAGAACGGCCAGAACGCGGAGAACGCGGAGAGAGAAGACGGUCGAGAUCUCCCCACUACGGCUCCAGGAGCUCCCGACGCGAAUUCGAGGCGGAUUCCUACUCUUCCAGCCGCGACUACCGUGCCAGAGAACGCGAGGACCGCUAUUCUAGCCGCAGAGAUGACCGGGAAUGGGAUCGGGAUCGUGGCGACCGUGGCGACCGUGGCGAUCGCGGUGAUCGCCGACGCAGAGACUACGACGAGAGACCCGCUCGCCGCGAGAGAGGAGAGAGAGACCUGUUCGAAGAGAGACCCCGACGGGAAGGCAGAGGAGAUCGAGACCGUGAGCGCGAGCGUGAUCGGGGUGCGGAGCGUGAACGUGGUGAGCGUGGCGAGCGUGGUGAAAGGAGAGAGCGGAGGCGGAGUGCUUCGCCUCCUCCGCGCAAGAGGGAGGCCACGCCUGAUCUGACAGAUGUGCUGUCGGUGUUGAAUCGGAAACGUCGCUUGACACAGUGGGACAUCAAGCCCCCGGGCUAUGAGAAUGUUACUGCUGAACAGGCGAAGCUCUCAGGCAUGUUCCCUCUUCCUGGAGCCCCCCGACAGCAGCCCAUGGACCCCAGCCGCCUCCAAGCUUUCAUGAACCAGCCUGCCGGCGGAAGCACGGAUACGUCCACCCUCAAGCCUGCCAACUCCCGCCAGGCCAAGCGUCUGUUUGUUUCCAACCUGCCUCCGACUGUCACGGGAGAGGCUCUCUUGGCCUUCUUCAACCUUCAGCUCAACGGCCUCAACGUUGUUCAGAGCGUGGAUCCCUGUAUCUCGGCCCAGGUGUCUCCCGACCAUGCUUUCGCUCUGCUCGAGUUCAAGUCGCCCAAUGAUGCCACGGUUGCGCUUGCGUUUGAUGGAAUAGUGAUGGAAGAGCAGGAGGCUGCCGGCAAUGGUGCGGCCAACGGUGCUGCUCAGGGCUUGGAAGUGCGGCGCCCUAAGGAUUACAUUGUCCCUGGUGGCGUUGAGCAGGAAUACCAGGAAGGCGUGUUGCUGAAUGAGGUUCCCGACUCUCCCAACAAGAUCUGCGUGUCGAACAUUCCCCACUAUAUUCCCGAGGAACCUGUGACUAUGCUUCUUAAGUCGUUUGGAGAGCUCAAAUCAUUUGUUUUGGUUAAGGAUGGUUCUACGGAGGAGUCUCGGGGCAUUGCGUUCUGCGAGUAUGCUGAUCCCUCGGCAACGACCAUUGCCGUGGAGGGACUUAAUGGGAUGGAGCUGGGCGACCGACACCUCAAGGUUGUGCGCGCCAGUAUCGGAAUGACGCAGGCCGCCGGUCUUGACAUGGGCGUCAACGCGAUGUCGAUGUUCGCCAAGACGACCUCCCAGGACCUGGAGACCAGCCGCGUGUUGCAAUUGCUGAACAUGGUGACGCCGGAGGAGCUGAUGGACCCCGAGGACUACGAUGAAAUCUGCGACGACGUGCGCGAAGAGUGUUCCAAGUAUGGCACUGUGGUCGAGCUGAAGGUGCCUCGUCCGUCUGGUGGCAGCCGACAGUCCCCCGGAGUGGGCAAGAUCUUUGUCAAAUUCGAUACGAUUGAAUCGGCAACGGGUGCUCUGAAGGCGCUUGCGGGCAGGAAGUUCUCGGACCGGACUGUGGUUACAACCUACUUUUCCGAGGAAAACUUCGACGUCAGCGCCUGGUAAUAUACACAUAGUUAUAUCUUUUCUGCUAUUUUCUUUGACACUUGACGACGCGUAAUUGAUUCAAGGCCGACGCCUGGAGCAGGCGAUGCACAAUCUGUACUGGGGAUAAUUACUUCUAGUACUGGGUUACGAUGUAUCAUAGCGAAAAUGACUUGGAUCUGACCAACACA